CUGGCACGCAUGUCUUGGCGAGACGACAAGAGCUUCGAGGGGCUCGAGCCCGAGGGCGGCGGCGCCCGUGGCCGCGGGGCCGAGGUGCGCAAGGGCGGCGGGCCGGGGCUAACGUUCACGCGCAACGUGCCAAAGUUCCUCCAGUCGUUUCAAGACCCCGUUGCGCUCGACCACGAGGCGAGCUUGGCCUUGAAGCGGCCCAACCCGAUUCCGGACGACGACGACGAGGAGGAGCUCGACGACGUGCAGAAAGAGGCCAUCGCAGCGUACGAAGCUGCCGAGAAAGAAAAGAACGAGCCGACCGAGGAGAGCGCGAGCGACGCAAUAGCCGCCAAGCCCAAGCGAAAGGCGCCGCUGUCGUUCUCGACCACCAAGAAAGACAAGGACGACAACGCCAAGCCUGCGAAGAAGAAGCGCAAGGCUGUCAAGGACGCCAAGCUUCUCUCGUUCGACUUUGACGACUAGGACCAAGCGAUUGCAUGGAUCACUCGCUUGACCACGGUGAGGACCCAAGCCGCGACGCACAUGGCUGCCACUCGUCACUGCACUGAUGCCAGUGCGUCGUCUCUUCUCGGUCGUAGGCGUCCGUACUACCCUUAUAGCAGUGCCAAACAAUAAUUCAGUUAGUUUGUAGCAUAGA